GGGGCCGGAGAAGCGGGGCGAGCGGCGGCGGCAGCAAGAUGGCGGCCAAGUCGGACGGCGGCGGCGGCGGCGCGGGGGUCGGCUUCGCCCAGCUGCACAACCUGGACGAGGCGGCGGCGGCGGCGGCGGCCGCGGGGGGCGGCGGCGACGGGGCGGACGAGCAGGGCGGCAGCAGCUCCCUGCACAUCUGCCACUGCUGCAACACCUCGUCGUGCUACUGGGGCUGCCGGAGCGCCUGCCUGCGGAGCCUGCUGGGGCGGGCGGGGGGCCGGGCCGGCGGCGGGGCCACGGACCCGCUGGCCCCGGGCUCCUCCUCCGAGGGGCCGCCGCACUCCCCGGGGGGGCCCGGCGGCGGGGGCGAGCGGCCGUGGCUGGACUGCCUGUGGAUCGUGCUGGCGCUGCUGGUGCUGCUGGGGGACGUGGGCACGGACCUGUGGCUGGCGCUGCACCACUACGGGCGGCGGGACUACGUGUGGUGCGGCCUGACCCUGGCCUUCGUGCUGCUGCCCUCCGUGCUGGUGCAGAUCCUCAGCUUCCGCUGGUUCGUGCAGGACUACACGGGCGGCGGGCUGGGCGCCGUGCAGGGCCUCAGCAGCCGCGGGCCGCCCAUGAUGGGCGCCGUCGGGCGCCGGCCGGGGGCCGCCGGCAGCCCCACGCCGGGGGCCCAGCGCCUCUGCAGGCUCUCGGUCUGGGUCUGGCAGGCCGUCAUCCACCUGCUGCAGAUGGGACAGGUCUGGAGCUUAAGUGAAAGACAUGAAGCAUUAAGACUGAAUUGAGGUUAUUUUGAGAUCAUCCGAUGUCCUGCUAGAAGUUCCUGUGACAUAUCAUCGCCCUGAACAACUUCACACAGAAUGGUCUGAAAGGUUUUUAUUUGGUGAUGGCAUGUUCAAGAACUUGGAUCAAUACAUUGUAUUUAAUGUUAGGAGAUGUUUUUAAGUUUUCAUAUUUAUAAAAGUGACUUUCAAUCUAGAGAAUCCCAAUGUGCUUUCAAACUAUAUAUACAUACUCACAGCGCUGUGCACAGAUGCACAACAAAUGCAGCCACCUCUGGGGUGGGGGAGCAUCCAGGAGCUACCAUGUUGACCUAUCGGGGAGCUUUUGGUCAAGGACCCAGGGGCAAAUUUGAGUCUUACUAGUUGUGCCAUGCGAUGUAACAGUCAUCCAGAGCAGAUGGGACCUUUUUUUUCUUUUUUUUUAACAUACCAUCCCAAAAACACACAGUAAAUGGCCUGGUUCAUAGUUUAUCUAUCUCAGAAACAGGAAGAGCCGAGUCACCUGUGCCCUGCACCAGUUUAGUAUGAGGUCCAGGUUUAGCAAAAGUUCCGGUAUGAUUUGUGUGAAAUUAAAGAAAAAAGAAGCUCAUGUUCCAAUCCCUACAAGCCCAGGCCAGGUUAGGAUGUGUAGGGGCUCUAUACUCACUCGCAGCAGUAAAGUCAGGCACUAAAAGCUUUAGGUGGAAUUCCAGCCGGGUGGAAGUCAAUGGGAGUUUUGCCAUUGAUUUCAGUGGGGUAGGAUUUCAUGCCUCCAGCCCACAAGCUUUUAAGCACAUUGCACUUUAACCUCACAUUUAAGACCAUCCCUAUUCAGCAAAGCACUGAGGGUGUGUCUGCACUGCAGUCCUGGGGCGUGAUUGCAGUUUGUGUAGACAGACCCAAACUAACUUUAAUUUAGGUACCAGAUCAGGGAACCCACAGUAGCAUGAACUUCAGUGUGGGCUUUACAAGCCUGCCUGGCUAAUUACUCUGGCAGCUAGCAGAAGCCCACACCACGCUUUAAUUCUCCUAGUUGUACUUGAAUAUCGCUUAGGUGUGUCUGCGCAUGCUGCAAUCAGACUUGGUAAUUGCAGUGUAGACAUAGGCUUUUUAAAAGGAAAGUUGCUUAAAAAGGGUAUUAAAGUCUACUUUGAUAUUUGUGAGUUUUGUUCAGCUGUAUAUAAGAAAUGUAUACAGUCUGCUGCCACAUAGCCCAGCCGAGGUGCAAACUACUAUGAGAUUCUGAAGGGACAGAUUUUCAUUGCUGAGGCUUAUAAAAAGGACAGCUCAAUUAAAAGCAGAAGUUGCACCCUUGUAGGUUUGGGUUGGGUAUCUAAGUUCAGAAAUCUCAGCAGAAGCUUCAUCAGCCUAAAGAUAGAAAUGACCUUGUAUCCCUUUCUGCUAGUGUAUCUGUUUGAGGUCUUUGUGUCAUCCGGUUUUACAGGUCUCCAGUGAUUGGGCUUCUACAACUUCCCUCAGGAGACUAGUCUGUCAUCUAGCUCCCUGUUCAGAGUUUUACGUGAUGUUCAGACGCAAUUUUCAAUUCCAUGAUUCAUCCCAUUUCUUCUUGUAUCAAUAUAAAUAAUGCCUCUUCUUCGUUAGUGUUUAUGGCUUUCAGAGACAUGUAGGCUGUUACGGCGUUCAUGCCCUUAGUGUGGAUUCAGCCAAGCUAUACAUCAUUAAGCUCCAAUCCUGCAAACACUUGUGUGCAUUACUUUCUAUGCAUGUGUAGCCCAUUGAACUGUUGAGUGGGACCAUGCAUGCGCGAAGUCACUCACGUGCAUAAGUGUUUGCGGUAUCCGCUAGUGAGUCCAGCAAUACCCAGGAUCAAGGAAAGAGAAAAGUGAUGUUUGAGUUUCCCGUGCAGCAACAGAACGUUUAAAUUGUCAGUCCUGAGCCUUUUCAAAUGCACAAUGGCUUUUCUAGUCCGAUUGAGUUUGUAAAACCAUUUUUUGUUAAUAAACCUACAUUUUGGGCCUUAAAGUAUUUGUCUGUGAUCCUUUGACAUGCUUUUGAUGGAUGUUAAGCGCUGACAAAGAGCUCAGAGCUGCACAUACUACGGGCUCAGUCUGGUAAGGAGCUAUGUGCUCUGACCACAGUUCAGCUUGACCACAUGCUCAGUUUUAAGCAUCUGAGUUCUACUCAGGGAUUUAAAUUGAGCAUGUACUUAGCUGGAUUGGAGCCAGCGUGCUCAAUACCUUGUAGAACUCCUGUCUGUUAAGGGAUACUUAUGAUCCCUAUAGCUGCAAUAUCUGAGCACAUCACAAGCAUUAAUGAACUUAUCCUCAUAUAGCCCUUUAUGGUAAAGAAGUACUAUUAUCCUCAUUUUAGAGAUGGGGAAUUGAGGCACAGAGAGACUAAGUGAUUUGUCCAAGAGCACACAAGAAGUCUGUGGCAGAUCCAAGACUAGAAUUCAGGUCUCCUAAGUCCCAGUUCAAUGCCUUAAACACAAGACAAUCCUCCUUUCCUACAAGAAACAAACACGCAAUUCCCAUAUUGAGAAUAUUGCAAUAUUUUUUAAAGGGUGGCAGACAGUACUAUAAUUAAGGUUGAGUACAGUAGAUAGUGUAUCUAUUAAACUGUUUACAUUAUCAAAAGAUUUGAUAUGGUCCUUACCAGGAGGACUUACUAUAUUGCCAUAAAUCAGCACAUCAAUACCCGUUAUUUUAGAAGGACUGGUGAAUUUCAGGCAUUUUUGAACAGCGUGGAAGACUCAUCCUAAUAUGUUCUUUAGUGUAGUAUAUUGUUCAUCUUCAUUUUCAGAACAGUGUUCCUUAAAUAAAAUACUUCUGCACUUGAUCAAAGGGAAUAAAUGUAAUCAGAAAAUCAGCCGCUCAUGACAAUUCCAUGCAUAUGUUACGUGUCAUCUCCCAUGAAAGAGAGGCACUUUAAGAAACAGCCUCAUCUAUUUUAGCCUGUGAUUGGGCAGGUUUUUCUAUGUCAUUUUGCUCAUCUAAAGGUACCUUGAAAGAACUGAGGCAUUUUGAAGUGAAUUACAGAACUGUGAAGAUUGCAAGACUGACUGAAUGGCUUACCUUGGAAAUGGUAUUUCUUGAAGAUUACUGUAGAUACUGCGUAGGACACUGUGUAUGUACUCCCAAUAAAUAACCUACCUGACUGACAUUCUUAAAACAAAAAUUCGGAUACAUGAGCUGGGCUAGUUUAUUUUAAAUGUUUGGCUUAUUUUUUUACACUUGUCCUUAUUUUUAAGUAAAGUUUUUUGGCCCUUUGGGUAUUACAUGCUUUUGUAAUCUUUCCAUAAUUACAUUUACAAAUCUGCUUUUGAGCUGCUGAUAUAUUAAAUCUUGCAAACUGAAUCCCUUUAUGUGUUAACCUACAUUUGUAUGUUGUCUUCAUUCCUUUUGGCUGUAAUUAUCCAAGCUCUCAUACCAGGAUUAAUCCAAAAGCCGCUGAAUUAUGCUUGUCAUUUUUUUUUCCUUUCUCUGUAGCAAACUUUCUCUUCUUUAUAAACAGGCUUGGCAGAAUUUAAUGCCAGUGUUUUAUAAUUUCAAUGGAUAAUAUUGAUGACUUUUUUCUAUUUUUAUCCAUUUAAAAUUUUUAGCUAUGCAAAAUUAUGAGUUGUAAGCAUUUUUAAUGUAAACGUUCGCAAUUGCAGGAAAUUCUGGGCGUUGUGGCAGACAGUGAGGUGGUCACACACUAAUUAUUUAAUGCCAGUAGACAUUGAGACUCGAAAAAUUAAAGCUUUAUACCAAAAAACAAUUUGUAUAUUUUGAUAAAGUAAAUGUCCUUAUCAAACUCUAAA